CGCUCCUUCCCCGCCCGCCACCAUGCUUUCCUCACUACUCGCCGUCCCCCUCGCCAUCCUCGCCCUCCGCCCUUCCCUCGUCGCUGCCCAGGGCGACCUCAGCGGCGCCAACAACGUCACAGAUCUCGAAGGAACAUGGAGCAGCAACUCGGCAGUGUCGACCGGCGGUGACAUUUGCAUCCCUGCCGAAAUGAAGUUCAACUAUCCCAACAACAGCGGCAUCUCCUACUCGUUCACCAACGACGGCUUCUUUGAAGAAGUCCAGUACCAAUACAACGCCAACGCCUCCAACCCCGCCUGCAUCCAAGCCUACAUCUACUGGCAACACGGCACCUACUCGCUCAACGACAACGGCUCCAUGACCCUCUUCCCCUUCACCUCCGACGGCCGCAUCCAGGUCCAGGACCCAUGCGCCGCCACGACAAACAUCAUUACGUACUAUAGUAACCAAGUGCUGUUUACCGAUUGGGGAAUCGUCGUCGAUUCGUCGUCGGGGAGGUAUACCUUGAAUCUGAACAAGUAUGACGGCUCCAAGAUGGCUCGCAUGUUUCUCGUCGCCAAACCACCCAACAUGCUCCCCACCCAGAUCCUCACAGGCGUAAACGCCUCGGGACAGACAUCCACCCGAAAACGAUCAUUCACCCAGUCACUCGAUUUCCUGAAACGGUCGUCGGCCGAACCCCGAUGGUCUGGUCUGCUCUUUGCGCAAGGAUAUCCGACCUCGUUUACAAUGCUCGGUUUGGCCGGGCUGGCUGUCGUGGGUGUGUUGGCGUUGGUAUAAUGAGUGAAGGAUAGGGAUGUGAAUCGCAACAGGCGAGAUGUUUGGGCGGAUAUGGCCAUUGGUGGCUAUUGGCUAUUGGCAUUGGCCAUUGGCGAUGUGACGAUGUGACGAUGGACAGUCAGUGAGGACGAUGAGAGCUCGUCAAUUGGAGAUGGAGAAUGGAGAUGGGUUCAGUGUUCCAUUUUCUUUUAUCGCGCACCCACGCUUUUUUUACUUUUGGUUUUGCUGUGACAGCUAUCCAGCGUUUUAACGGACACUUUUCCACUUUUUUUAUACACUGCCAUCUUUACAACUUUGUCUCAAGAGUAUACCCCCAAUUUUUCGCACGACUUGCGCAUGAACCAUGCUUGACGACCUCACAUUUCUGAUGAUUCC